ACGCUCUCACUCUUCGUGGGAGUAAGUGUGUAAAGAAGGGGAGAGGGAAAGAGAGAGAAGGGAGAGAGAGAGAGAGCGUGAUUCCAGGUCUCUCUCUGCUGCUCUCUCCACUUUGGGUACUGGUACCCAGUCUGACUCAAUGGGGCUUUAGCACUAAGGGGUUAAACGUUAAAAUAAAAGAUAUUUAUUCACCCCAAAGCCCCUUUAGUGUUUAGGUUUUGUGCAUUAACAUAGACAGACAUAGGUAACUCAUUAAGGAAAGUCUCCGGGAGAGAGGUAGAGACGUCUCCAGAGGCGUGCCUUUUUGUCUGCUGCCUCGCAGAAGGUUCAGUCGGGUCCCUCUCGUCGGCUGGCUUUUUGUGAGAGGAUAACUUCCACCAUAUCCUACAUUUACAGCUCAACCAGGCCGGCAAACUACUGCAAAACUAUGGAUACUGGAGAUUGUCCCUUCCGGAAGAAACGGAGACCAUGGCGCAUGGACUUCUCAUCCUUCGCCCUGGUAACCGUGGCGCUCGCCAUUUGCCAAACGACCGUGGUCCGCGCAGACCCAGUGGAUGUUUUGCGGGCUCUGCAGGUUCCCUCUCUCCCCGAGGGCGUGAAGAAGGUCCCCGGCUUCUGCACAUCCCGCCGCUCCGGCAGCCCCGAUCAUGCUUACCGCAUCACCAAGAAGGCCCAGAUCUCUGCCCCCACCAAGCAGCUCUUCUCAGGUCGAUUCCCGGAGGACUUCUCCAUCAUGGCCCUGGUUAAGGCUCAGGCUGGUCUCCAGGCCUUCCUCCUCUCCAUCUACAGCGAGCAGGGCAUCCAGCAGCUGGGCAUUGAAAUGGGACGCUCGCCUGUUUUCCUGUAUGAGGACCAGAACGGCAAGCCAGCCCCUGAGGACUAUCCACUGUUCAGAGGCGUCAACCUGGCUGAUGGCAAGUGGCAUCGCAUCGCUUUCUCCGUUUCAAAGAAAAACGUGACACUGCUGCUCGACUGCAAGAAGAAGAUGACCCGCUCCCUGCCACGUGGCAACAACGCAGAGGUGGACACCAACGGCAUCACAGUGUUCGGAGCACGUCUGCUUGAUGAGGAGGUUUUCCAGGGAGACAUCCAGCAGCUUCUGAUCGCCUCCAACGCCCAGGCUGCUUAUGACUUCUGUGAACACUACAGCCCUGACUGUGACUCCCCACUGCCUAAGACCCAGGCUCAGGACCCCAACACAUACAAGAAGGCAGUCAAUGGAAAAGCAGCUCCCACUAAAUCCACCCCUGUCAAAGCCAAACCCCCUCCAGCUAAGCCAGCCAAAACUGGACCAUACAAACUUGUAGUCAAGCCGCCUAAGCCCACCAAAGCUCCCAAGCCUUCCACAGCCAAGCCAUCCAAAACAAAGUCCACUGUAGGAGAGAGUCUCCUGUCCAAGAUCAAACCAACAUCACCAGCUAAAUCCACAGCUGCCCCAGCUAAGAACGGCAAUGGUAAACCAGCUGCUGAGAAGAAAGCAAAUAGUGCAACUAAAGCCAACGGCAAUGGCAAUGGAAACGCAGCUGUAGCAAAAACGAAUGGCAAUGGAAAACCGACAGCUGAUGCCAAACCUACAGCUCAGGCCAAAGUCAAUGGAAAUGGCAAUGGCAAGGUUGUAGCUGAGAAGAAAGUCAAUGGUAAUGGAAAUGGAAAAUCCUCAGCAGAAAAGAAGGCCAAUGGAAAUGGAAAAGCCACCAUUGUGUCUAAAGCUAAUGGAAAUGGCAACGGCAAAGCUUCAGCAGAGAAGAAAGCUAAUGGAAAUGGCAAAACUACGUUCGAGGUUAAAGAGGUUAAAGUUAAUGGCAAAGCUGAGAAUAAAGUCAAUGGCGAUGCCAAGGCUAAUGGGAAUGGCAAAGUAAUUACUGUGGUAGAAAAGAAAGCUGUUAGUAAUGGUGCAGCAAAUCAGGCAAAAACUGAAACCACUACAAAAGCAAAGACUGAGAAAGUUGUUAAAGUAGAAAAGACUAAAGCUACCAAAGUGGAAGCUACUAAGGCACCUAAACCCACAAAAGCGUCUAAACCUGAACCUACAAAAACCGCAAAGGCUGUGGCCACCAAAGCUCCAGCAACAAAACAGGCAGAGGUCAAAGAGGUCACCAAAGUUAAAACUGUGGUCACCAAAGUGCCUCUGGUCAAAUCAACUCCGAGCAAAGCUAUGAAGAAUGUGGUCGAAAAGGUUUCCAUCACAAAGAAAGUGGCUCCAACGUCUGCCCCUGUCCGGCCCACUCCCCCAAGACCCACGAAAUCCAAGUUGGUGCUGGACACAAAUGUCAAAUCCCAGCACAGACCUUUCCCACCCUUUGGCAAGACUGCACUGAGUGGAACGACAGUCCCAGCAAAGAAAAUGACCAACGGUUAUCAACAGGAUGUAGACACUGAAUAUUCCGAGGCUGGCCACACCCCUACAGAGACUGAUUAUUACUAUGAGGAGGCGGUCCCACAGCCAGACGGUGAGGUGAUUGGACAAGAAGAGGUCCCUGUACAGUCACAGGUGGAGCCAGUGCUGGUGGGAGAAGAGGUAGAUGCCACCAAGACAGGCGGUGUAGACGAGGAGGUCUUCACCGAGGAGUAUGUAACUGGGGACGUUGGCCUUAAGGAAUACGACUAUUCCUACAGGGACUACAAUGAGCCAUUACAGGAGACGGGAGACGGCGAUGCCAACAUGGGCCCCGCCCUGUCCGCCGUGACAGAGGAGGGAGGCGCUGGCAUCAGAGGCCAGAAAGGAGAGAAGGGAGAACCCGCUGUCUUGGAGCCUGGUAUGCUGAUUGAAGGACCUCCAGGCCCUGAGGGACCUGCUGGUCCUGCUGGCCCCCCCGGCUCUUCUGGACCUCCUGGGUCUGUCGGUGACCCUGGCGAGAGGGGUCCUCCUGGUAGGGCUGGUCUGCCUGGAGCUGAUGGAGUCCCUGGACCUCCUGGAACCUCAGUCAUGCUGCCUUUCCGUUUUGGGCAGAGUGGAGGAGAUAAGGGUCCUGUCGUUUCUGCACAGGAAGCCCAGGCAGCCGCCAUCUUGUCUCAGGCCAGGAUGGCUCUGAAAGGACCUUCCGGCCCAAUGGGUUUCACUGGACGCCCAGGACCUCUGGGAAAUCCAGGAAGUCCUGGUCUAAAGGGAGAGGGUGGAGACCCUGGUCCUCAGGGCCCCAGGGGACCCCAGGGAAUGUUGGGACCUCCAGGCAAAUCAGGAAGAAGAGGCCGUGCUGGAGCUGAUGGAGCCAGGGGAAUGCCAGGAGAGCCUGGAACUAAGGGUGACCGUGGCUUUGAUGGCCUUCCUGGUUUGCCUGGUGACAAAGGACACAGGGGUGACACCGGAGCAAUGGGACCCCCAGGAAGUCAAGGAGAAGACGGAGAGAGGGGAGACGACGGAGACAUUGGACCCAGAGGUCUCCCAGGUGAACCAGGACCUCGUGGUUUGCUCGGACCUAAAGGUCCUCCUGGAAUCCCUGGACCUCCUGGUGUACGAGGAAAUGACGGGCCCCACGGCCCCAAGGGAAACUUGGGUCCGCAAGGUGAGCCAGGACCUCCAGGUCAGCAGGGAACUCCAGGAACUCAGGGAAUGCCAGGACCUCAGGGGGCCCUCGGACCCCCUGGAGAGAAAGGUCCCACAGGAAAACCAGGUCUGCCAGGAAUGCCUGGAGCUGACGGCCCUCCUGGUCACCCAGGAAAGGAGGGGCCUCCUGGCACCAAAGGAAACCAGGGUCCCAACGGUCCCCAGGGAGGAAUCGGCUAUCCUGGCCCUCGUGGCGUCAAGGGAAGUCAAGGAAUCCGUGGGCUGAAGGGCCACAAGGGAGAGAAGGGAGAAGAUGGUUUCCCUGGAAUUAAGGGAGACUUUGGUGUCAAGGGAGAGAGGGGUGAGCUUGGAGUAUCAGGGCCCAGAGGAGAGGACGGUCCAGAGGGGCCAAAGGGUCGCGUCGGACCCCCUGGUGAGAUCGGACCAAUUGGACUAGUUGGAGAGAAGGGUAAACUUGGAGUACCUGGACUUCCUGGAUAUCCUGGAAGACAAGGACCCAAGGGAUCUCUUGGAUUCCCCGGAUUCCCUGGCUCAAAUGGCGAGAAAGGAACAAGGGGUCUUAGUGGCAAAUUAGGGCCAAGAGGACAAAGAGGACCAACGGGCCCCAGAGGGCAGAGAGGACCGAGGGGCUCGACCGGGAAACCCGGAGCGAAGGGAACUUCAGGAAGUGAUGGUCCUCCUGGUCCUCUUGGAGAGAGGGGAUUGCCCGGGCCUCAGGGAGCCAAUGGUUUCCCCGGACCGAAGGGACCUCCUGGACCACCAGGAAAAGACGGGCUGCCUGGACACCCUGGGCAGAGAGGAGAAGUUGGUUUCCAAGGUAAAAUGGGUCCACCUGGGCCUCCCGGAGUCGUUGGACCUCAGGGUCCAUCAGGAGAAACCGGCCCCAUGGGCGAGCGCGGCCACCCCGGACCCCCAGGUCCUCCUGGAGAGCAGGGACUUUCUGGUCCCUCAGGGAAAGAGGGCACCAAGGGAGACCCUGGACCCCCCGGAGGCCCCGGCAAAGAUGGGCCCCCAGGAUUGAGAGGCUUCCCUGGAGAGAGAGGACUGCCUGGAACCCCUGGAGGUGGAGGACUGAAGGGAAGUGAAGGACCUGCCGGACCUCCUGGACCUGCUGGGUCUCCUGGUGAGAGGGGACAAGCUGGUACUGCUGGACCUGUUGGACCUCCUGGCAGACCGGGCCCUCAGGGGCCUCCUGGGCCCGCUGGAGAGAAGGGAGUUCCUGGCGAGAAAGGCCCUAUUGGCCCGGCAGGUCGUGAUGGCGUGCAGGGUCCCGUGGGUCUACCUGGCCCUGCCGGAUCACCUGGAGUACCUGGAGAGGACGGAGACAAGGGUGAGGUUGGAGAGCACGGUCAGAAGGGCGCCAAGGGAGCUAAAGGAGAGCAUGGUCCUCCUGGUCCACCCGGGCCAAUGGGUCCUGUCGGUCAGCCUGGUCCUGCUGGUGCUGAUGGAGAGCUUGGACUGAGGGGCCAGCAGGGGCCUUUUGGAGCUAAAGGUGAUGAAGGAACUCGAGGAUUCCCAGGAGCCCCAGGACCCAUCGGACUGCAGGGAUUGCCGGGACCACCAGGUGAGAAGGGAGAGACGGGAGAUGUCGGUCCUCUGGGUCCUCCAGGCCCCCCAGGACCCCGUGGCCCUGCUGGACCUAACGGUGCUGAUGGUCCUCAAGGUCCUCCAGGAGGUAUAGGUAAUCCUGGACCUAUUGGAGAGAAGGGUGAGCCCGGUGAGGGCGGACCACCUGGAAUCGGAGGGGAGCCUGGAAAGAAGGGUCCUCGUGGAGAGCGCGGAGAGAAGGGAGAGGCCGGACAACCUGGAACUGCUGGACCUGCUGGAGGCCGUGGACGACCUGGAGACGACGGACCCAAAGGAAACCCUGGUCCUGUUGGUUUCCCUGGUGAUCCUGGUCCCUCCGGUGAGGUUGGACCCAGAGGUCAAGACGGUGCCAAAGGAGAGAGAGGAGAAGACGGUGAAGCAGGAGAAUCUGGAUCUCCUGGACCUCCUGGUGAGAACGGACCUCCUGGCCCCCCUGGAAAGAGGGGUCCUGCUGGAACAAGAGGACCAGAGGGACGUCAGGGAGAGAAGGGAACUAAGGGAGACCCAGGUGCUGUCGGCCCCCCAGGUAAAACCGGCCCCGUCGGACCCCAGGGUUCACCAGGAAAACCAGGAACAGAAGGUCUUCGAGGACUCCCGGGAUCAGUGGGUGAGCAAGGAUCUCCAGGACUUGCAGGGCAGAAAGGACCACCUGGACCUAUUGGACCUCCUGGUUUGCUUGGUCUGCGUGGAGACCCCGGUGCCAAGGGAGAGAAGGGACACCCAGGUCUUAUCGGUCUCAUUGGACCCCCAGGAGAGCAGGGAGAGAAGGGAGACAGAGGUCUGCCAGGGCCUCAGGGAUCCGCUGGAUCAAAGGGAGAGACUGGAAUGUCUGGAGCCACCGGACCCUUCGGCCCUGCUGGUCCUCCUGGUCUGCCUGGUCCUCAAGGUGUAAAAGGAGCUAAGGGUUCUUCUGGAGGAGCUGGUCCAAAAGGAGAAAAGGGUGUACAGGGACCUCCCGGACUUCCUGGCCCACCAGGCGAGGUCAUUCAGCCCCUGCCUAUCCAGAGGAGCCCCAAGUCUAAGCGUUCGAUCGACGCCAGCCAGCUGCUCCCCGACACAGACCCCGACAUGCUGGCAUCUGACGCCACUGGCACGGAGUUCCUGAUGGACAGGGAAGGCACGGAGGAGAUCUUCGGCUCUCUCAACUCCCUUCGACAGGAGAUCGAGGCCAUGCGUUUCCCUCUGGGCACCAAGGACAGCCCUGCCCGCACCUGCCAAGACCUGCACCUCAGCCAGCCAGAACUCAAAGAGGGAGAAUACUGGAUUGACCCCAACCAGGGCUGCUCCAGAGACUCCUUCAAGGUCUUCUGUAAUUUCACUAACGGAGCAGAGACGUGUCUGUACCCCAGCAAGAGCAUCAACACGGUGAAGAUGAGCUCGUGGGACACAGAGACUCCAGGAUCCUGGUACAGUAAGUUCACCACUGGCAGUAAGUUCUCCUACGUGGACUCGAACGGCGAGCCUGUGGGCGUCGUCCAGCUGGGCUUCCUGCGCCUCCUGAGCGUCCAGGCCCGCCAGAACCUCACCUACCACUGCCACCGUUCAGUGGCCUGGGCCGACCAAAGCGCCAAGAACAGCUACGACAGGGCGCUGCACCUCCAGGGUGCCAACGAGGAAACCCUUAGCUACGAGACCAACCCUUACAUCAAAGCCUUGGUCGAUGGCUGCUCUUAUCGUAAGGGCUUUGACAGGACAGUCCUGGAGAUCAACACACCACAGGUGGAGCAUCUUCCUCUGCUGGAUAUCAAGGUGUCAGACUUUGGGGAGAGCAACCAGCAGUUUGGCUUUGAAGUGGGACCUGUCUGUUUCCAAGGCUAAACACACACACACAUAAACACACAUCAUGCAAAGAACAACACAUGCAAAUACACACACACAUGCACUUAGAGACACACUUAUAUAUAAUAAACGCCACAUGCCCAGUAAUUUGUAAAUUAACUUGUAAAUGAUAUGAAACACACACACACACACACACACACAAACCCACAGACACACUUUACACUUACACACGCAAAUGCUGUUGUGAGACAAACACGCACUCACACUCAAGUACGUGCCUGGGGAAAACAACAUCCUCCCAACAAUUAAUGGACGUCAAAAAAAAAAAGUAAAGAGAAGAGAAUUUGUUUUUGUUUUUUUUAAACUCGCGGAGAGGAGACCGUUGGUUGGAGCGCACGAUCGCGAGGAAGGAAGAAAAAACCAGGAGAGUGUUCUUCGGAAUAAAACAGUGUUUUCUUUACCAGCAGCGAAAAAGGGGGCCGGCCUGAGAAAAAAGGCAAGCCGGCGACUUGAGGCCUGAAGCCCCCACCACCACCACCACCACCACCUCUCACUCUUCUCUCCUCCCCGCUGUCUCUCUUUUUUUUCCUCUCAUCUCACCUGCUCUACCUCCCCCUCCUCUUCCCCCCAAAAAAGGGUCACACUCGGACAUUAUUUCCAUUUAUUUAAUCCCACCUUCACACUGCGAGCAACGUGGUUGGCGGUCACUCUCUCAUGACUGACGAGAGGCUCCUUCUGUAUGCAGCAGGUAAAAUCAUGUGUUCUGGUUCACAGCUUUGGCAUCUGUGGGGCGUUUAAUCCUUUAGUCAUUCAGAUAGAAAGUUGAGGAGUAUUUAAAGUUUUGAAUCAACUUUUUUUAUCCGUUUUGCACUUGCCAGCCAGAACUCAGAUCAAAACAGCAGACACCAAACUCUGACCUGAAAAUGACGCCAUAUGUUCCAGCUGUGGCUGACAUAAAGCUUGGGGCCGCCUCAGUAAGGGCUAAUACAUCUGUUCGUCUAGUUCUGUAAAAACUGAAUAAAAGCCCAGUAACCUGUCAGUCAUGUUGCUCACAUUGAAGAGCGACUCUCAGCUCUUUUCUUUUUACAUCACAAGGUACCAAAGAAUUAAAGCCACCAGUUUCCAGCCAGAGUAAAAAGACUUCGUGAUACCUGCUGGGUCUUUGAUUGAUCUGUUUUUUGUCUUGUUCGAGCUGCCACCAUGUGAAUUUUCUACUCUUUGUAAUAUUUUCUUUGUGAUGAACACCUUGCAGUUUUAUUAAAACAGUCUAAAAAUGUGAUUCAAAGCUCAAACUGAUGAUUGAAAAAUCUUCCUGGUGUUACGACAGCGAGGUUAACGGAGUCCAGUGUGACGCAGGAUUUAUUUUUCAAACUGGACAGAGGAAACUCCCUUUGAUUUGUUCGUUUGUUAACGUUGGACAAAGUGAGGCGUGUAAGAUGAUCUGUCGAUACUUACAUUAGUGAAUUUAAAAGCCAUUAUUUUUAUAAAUUGUGCUAAACUUAAUGCUACUAGCGUGUGCUUUUUUAAAAGGGCUGGUUCUUCCUUAAAUUGUGAAUCAGGCUACCAGGGUCGCUACCACACACCAGUCCAGUAUUUACUGAGUCACUUUCUGGGUACUUUGAUUAUUGUUUUCCAUCCAAAACACCUUUUCUGAUUUUGCAUCCAAGCACAGAUCAUCAUCAUCAGGGUUUAAAUAUGUAUAUGAGAUUCAAAGUUCCCUCCUUUUUUCCUGCAGCAGUGAAUAAAAACGCAUGCUUUACUGAAAGAAACUGUGUGGCAAGGUGCUAAUUAUACCAAAGCAUAAAGGUUUCAGUCUCUCUUACAAUUUCAUGAAGCUUUUUUCUGGGGAAAAUGUGCAUUACAUUCCAUUUGUACAGAAAUAGUGAUAUUCUAUUGUAUUUAUUUAAAAUAAACAGGGUGCUUUGAGAUAAAAAAAAAACAAGGACCACCAAAUAUUCCAUUCAAAUGUGGUAUAUUUUCAUUUGUAUUUAUUUCCUGUAGCUGACACUUGAAGAUCAAGUGAAGCGGGUGACUUGCAUGUUAAACUCACUGCCAGCCUGAGUUAUGGUGCUUCUGUUCACGCCCUGUCCAAACACCUUUUUUAGAACCAAAGAAUCUGUGGCCAUAUUUUAUUGUAAUAUCCCUUUUUUAGUGUUUUCAUCAACUGUACUGUGCUGUUAAAUUUUGCUUCCACUGUAAUGAUUAAAUGGUGACUCUCCAGUUCUGUAGCAUUUCCUUGUCGUUGCUACUGUUUGUAUUGGUUCCGGGUUAUUAUUUCUCUGGGCUUUAAAAUGCUUCAUAGAAACAGUUUGCUGAGUCAUUGCUAUCAAAAUUGUCACGCAAUCCUCUGAUCUUUUAAAUUUCUGUCUGAGACCACAGCGGGUAGGAGAAAGGUUGUGAGAGGGAGGGGGCAACUGUCGCCCUCCACGGAUGACUAUGGGGUGAUAUCAUUAUAGGGUUCUGGUUUUAUUUGUUUGUCUUUUUUGUUUUUAAUAGCAGUAAAUUGGGGCGGGGUGGCCAAAACCUAAACAUUUCACAAAUCUGACCUUUAGAUUCUCCAGAGAGAGAAUGACCUCAAAUAUUUGUUUGUUUUUAUUGUGUUGAAGACGAACAUUUCAACAUAAAAAAUAUGGUGCUGAAAAGAGAAAAAGUAUUAUUUUAUAAUGUGUGUAAGUAAUUUUUUUCUAAAUUCUUGUUUCUGUAAUAUAUAAUCUUUUUAAAAAGA